CAAGCUCUCUUUUAAGACGAAUCCCCAUGCACAUUCUGUGGAACGGCUAUCUCGAUAUAUCCAAUUCCUCACUCAAAUCCCACAUCGAAAGCGAAAUCCAAUCCCUGAAUCAGAAGAUCAAACACUUGGCUAACAAUGGAUUCUUUGACAAAGCUCUUCAUCUCUACCAACAUCUUCGUGUUUCCGACACAAAGCCCGACCGCUUCACAUUCACUUACGUGCUCAAGUCCUGCGUUGGCAUAUCAACCAUGGCCGGAGGCACGUCGAUCCAUUCACACAUCAUAAAAUGUGGCUUUGAACACAACCUCUUUGUCAUGAAUUCUGUUGUGGAGAUGUACUCUAGAUUUGGCUUUUUAGCCUCUGCUCGUCAAGUUUUCAACGAAAUGCCUCAGAGGAGUUUGGUUUCAUGGAAUUUGAUGAUUUCUGGUUAUGGGACAAAUGGUUAUCCUGAAGCAGCACUUGAGCUCUGUAGUUCGAUGAAGCAUCAUGGAAUGGCUUUAGAUAAGGUGGGCUUAAAGAUUGUUCUACCAAUUUGUGGACAUGUUAAAGCUUUCAAACUCGGCAAAUCCAUUCAUGCCCAUGUGGUUUUGUUGGGUUUGUCUCGGGACACAGCUAUAUCAACUGCUGUCUUGGACAUGUAUGCAAAAUGUGGAGAACUGGACAUCGCCGAGCAGAUCUUUGAUGAGAUUUUAAACAAGGAUGUGGUGAGUUGGAAUGCGAUGAUUACUGGGUAUUCGCAAAUCGGAAAACCCAAACUGGUGCUUGAGCUCUUCAAUGGGAUGUUAUCUGAAGGCUGCAAGCCCAGCAUUCCUACCAUGCUGCUUUCACUUCAAGCUUGCACUCACUUAUCAUUUCUUCAUAUGGGGAAGACUGUCCAUGGCUUUAUUAUAAGGCUUGGUUUCAGUUCGGAUGUUUCUAUAAAGGGCCUUCUCAUAGACAUGUACUCCAAAUGUGGAGAACUGGGUUCUGCUUGUUGUGUCUUCAGCGAAAUAUCUGAAGGAAAUGUUAGUUCAUGGAGUUGCAUGAUUAAUGGUCUUGGUAUGCAUGGAUAUGGGAAGGAGGCUCUAAUGGCUUUCUUCGGAAUGUUGAAGAGAGGUAUUGUUCCUGAUGACAUCUGCUUUCUUCUGCUAUUAGCUUCCUGCAGCCAUUGUUGUUUGAUUACCGAAGGGCGAAAGAUGUUUUAUUAUAUGGUAACACAGUUUGGUGUUCGACUGAACAUGGAGCAUUAUGCCAGCAUGGUUGAUCUUAUUGGACGGGCAGGAUGUAUUGAAGAAGCAUUGGGGUUUAUACAUGAGAUGCCAAUGGAACCAGACUGCAGUGUGGUGGGGGCUUUCCUUGGAGCAUGUAGAAUUCAUGGGCACUUGGAGAUGGGGAAGGUGUUUGAGGAGUGCCUGGUGGGAUCAGGAUGGACAAUUGCAGGAUUUUACAAGCUUUUGUUGAGCAUUUAUGCAGGCAAGGACCGUUGGGAUGAAGUGAUGAAGAUCAGAAGUGUGAUGGAGGAAAAGAAAGUAAAAGGCAUUUCUGGAUGUAGUUUAAUUGAAUUGAACAGAUAGGUUCAUGCUGAAGAUACUAUAUCAAGAUACAGAAUUUCUUGUGAACAUAAAACAUGAGCAUCAAGUUAUAGCACUAACUGGCUCUAACAAUCACACCUUGUUUGAUGGUAGAAGUCAUCAUGGUUACAUAUCAGUAUCUAGAGGUCCUUAGCAGACACCAAUGCAGGCUUUGCUAUAGGUAGUGUCUUCAUUUUGUAAUAUCUCCUUAAAAAGGUGCAGAGAUUGAAUUGUA